AUGAAGCGAUUGCACUUUCCUAAUCACGUGUUGAAGUUGAAUCUGCGGCCAAUUAUGUCUAUCUCACAAGAAAAAAAAAGAUCUAUAUCGAUAAGUGCGAAAAGAACCGUGGAUAUAGCAGACUUCUUUGGGAAAGCUCAAACGAAGACGCAGAAACGCGAAGUCCAUGGAGAGAGCGUGAAAAACGGUGAAAAAACAGAAAGGGCCGAGGAGAAAAAAGGGCAACCCCAAGAGUCAAUUGGAUCAGCCUCACAGAUCUCACAAAUCCGAUUUGACAAAGAUGCUUGGGUGAAUGGGCUCAGCCCGGAGAUCAGAGAUCUUCUCACAUUGGAGAUAGAGACUAUGGACUCCUCUUGGCUCUCAGUACUCUAUAAAGAGCUAACGAAGCCUUAUUUUCUAGAACUAAAAAGGUUUCUGAAAAAAGAGUUUUCGUCAUCCCAAGUGUUCCCGCCUCAAAAAGACAUCUAUUCGUGGACGCGAUUGACACCUCUUCAUGAAGUCAAGGUACUCAUCCUGGGCCAAGACCCCUAUCACAACGUUGGCCAGGCGCACGGAUUGGCAUUUUCGGUGAAAGAUCCCAAAUUGGCAAUUCCUCCAUCUCUCAGGAACAUGUACAAAUGUCUCAAGACUGAUUAUCCAAAUUUCGAGAUUCCAAAAACGGCCGAUCUCACCAAAUGGACAAAACAAGGUGUGUUACUUUUGAACACCUGCCUUACUGUGAAAGCCCAUCAGGCCAACUCUCAUGCCAACCGGGGAUGGGAAUUGUUCACAAGUGCGGCUAUCAAUGCCCUGAUACGAAACAGCGACUCUUUAAACCGAGGGAUCGUGGUUCUGGCUUGGGGGAUGCCUGCCCAAAAAACAAUUUCCAAGAUCAAGAUUGAUACUAAUAGCCAUUUGAUUUUGCGCACAGUCCAUCCAAGUCCAUUGAGUGCCAGUAGGGGCUAUUUUGAUUGCAAGCACUAUAAGAAGUGCAAUGAAUGGUUGAAGGUGAAUAGGGGAAAUACCAUAGAUUGGGCCAUAGUCGAUGGAAAUUCUGUGGAAUAG